AUGUCUUCCGCAUUGAAAGAAACAUUUGCUCGCUGCAAAAAGGAAAACCGUAAUGCAUUAGUCAAUUUCAUUACUGCAGGAUACCCAACUAUUGAAGAUACAAUCCCCAUUUUAACCAAUAUGCAAAAAGCCGGGGUUGAUAUUAUUGAAAUAGGUAUACCGUUUUCCGAUCCUAUUGCUGAUGGUCCUACUAUUCAAACUGCCAAUGUCAAGGCUUUGGAAAAUGGAAUGACGGUUGCUAAAGUAUUGGAGUUGGUGAAACAAGCUAGAGAUACUGGUGUUUCUGUUCCUUUAAUCUUGAUGGGUUAUUAUAAUCCAAUUUUGAAAUAUGGUGAAGCUAAAUUUUUACAGGAUGCAGCAGCUGCUGGUGUUAAUGGGUUUAUUAUUGUUGAUUUACCACCUGAAGAAGCUGUUAAGUUUAGAGGUGCUUGUUCAAAACAUGGAUUAUCAUAUGUCCCAUUAGUGGCACCAGCUACUACUGAUGAGAGGUUGAAAGUGUUGGGGCAAAUUGCUGACUCUUUUGUAUAUGUUGUUUCCAAAAUGGGUACUACUGGUGCUUCAAAUAAAGUUAGUGCUGGUAUUGAAGACUUAUGUGCAAGAGUACGAAAAUAUGUUGGUGAGGACACUCCAAUUGCUGUUGGGUUUGGUGUUUCCACACGAGAACAUUACCUUGCCGUGGGCAAAGUUGCCGAUGGAGUGGUUAUUGGAUCGAAGAUUGUCACUUUAAUCGGUGAGUCAAAACCUGGUGAACGUGGUGAAACUGCUUACAAAUACGUUAGAUCAAUCCUCGGUGAUGAUUAUAAUGUCACUGCUCCAGAACAAUUCCAAAAUGGCAGCAAAGAUAAAGAAGAAGGUGGCGAUCUUACCAAGCCACAACCAAACUUUGAAGAGCCUCACAAAUACAACCCACGUUUUGGUGAUUUUGGUGGUCAAUAUGUUCCUGAAGCUCUUCAUACAUGUUUAGCUGAAUUGGAAAAAGGGUUUGAAGAUGCUGUUGCUGAUCCCGAAUUUUGGAAAGAGUUUAAAGACUUGUAUUCAUACAUUGGUAGACCAUCUUCAUUACAUAAAGCAGAAAGAUUAACUGAGCAUGCAGGAGGUGCCACCAUUUGGUUAAAGAGGGAAGAUUUGAACCAUACUGGUUCUCACAAGAUCAACAAUGCUUUAGCACAAGUGCUUAUCGCCAAGAGAUUGGGCAAGAAGAAAAUCAUUGCUGAAACUGGUGCUGGACAACAUGGUGUUGCUACUGCUACUGCUUGUGCUAAAUUCGGAUUAGAAUGUACUGUUUUUAUGGGAGCUGAAGAUACUAGACGACAAGCUUUGAAUGUGUUCCGUAUGAAGAUUCUUGGUGCCAAUGUUGUUCCUGUUAAAAAUGGUACUCAAACAUUGCGUGAUGCAACUUCAGAAGCUUUUAGGUUCUGGGUUUCUAAUUUGGAAACAACUCAUUAUGUAGUUGGAUCAGCAAUUGGACCCCAUCCAUAUCCAACCUUGGUUCGUACUUUCCAAAGUGUCAUUGGACAAGAAGUAAAACAACAAUUUGCCGAAUUGAACAACGGGAAAUUACCCAAUGCCGUAGUUGCUUGUGUUGGUGGUGGAUCCAACUCAACUGGAUUAUUCUCCCCCUUUGAAAAAGAUUUAGAGGUUAAAAUGUUGGGAGUGGAAGCUGGUGGUGAUGGUAUUGAUACUGAUCGUCAUUCAGCUACUUUAACCGCUGGUAUCCCCGGGGUGUUCCAUGGUGUGAGAACAUUUGUCUUGCAAGAUAAUGAUGGACAAGUCCAUGAUACGCAUUCUGUUUCCGCUGGAUUGGAUUAUCCUGGUGUUGGACCUGAAUUAGCAUAUUGGAAAUCUACCGGUAGAGCUGAUUUCAUUGCUGCUACUGAUGCUCAAGCUUUAGAAGGUUUCAAACUCUUGUCACAAUUGGAAGGUAUUAUUCCAGCUUUGGAAUCGUCGCAUGCCAUUUAUGGUGGUGUUAAGUUGGCAAAAACUUUACCUAAAGAUCAACAUAUUGUUAUCAAUGUUUCUGGUAGAGGUGAUAAAGAUGUUCAAUCUGUUGCUGAAGUAUUGCCUAGAUUGGGUGAACAAAUUGGUUGGGAUUUGAGAUUUGAUGAAGAUCCAUCAAAGAAGAAUGUUGUAUGA